AUGAAUAGCUUAUCGGAAGAAACGGUGGAGUGGGGAAGUGAAGAUGUACAUUAUUUGCUUGCACCCUAUCAAUGUAUCAACAAAGUAGCGGGUAAAAAAAUUCGCAGCCAUCUAGCCACUGCCUUCAAUUUUUGGUUGAAAGUGGACACGAGAACAGUGGAAGCCAUCAUCUCGCUGGUCGAAAUGCUCCACAAUGCAUCGCUUAUGUAA